AGAGAAAAAGACCCCUGGGUGUAUAGUCAAGUGGUCCUGGGACUGAAUCUUGCCUUUACCUGCACAUCUAACAAGUUAUAUAUAUUCUGCAUGUUUACACAAACAGUUCUUGUGCUAGAGAGUCCACAUCAUUUAAACUUUGUGGGAGAAUUUUGCAAAUGAUCCAAUCCUAGAGGCUGGUACUUUCUUGAGCCCCACUCACCUUUCCUUUCUACCUCAAACCUCAGUCUGACUCUUCCAGAAAUAUAGGGGAUGGUUCCCUUCUCUUCUCCCAUUCCCUACAUAACCCUGAGUUUAAAUACAGACACACAGUUUAAUGGUUUGAUAAGGUUAUUUCCAGAUAAGGAUAUUUCAUUUUCCCUGCUCAUUAAACUUCUAUCACAUUUACUGAUAAAAUGCCACAGCUCUUGUAUUAUCAACUACAAGUUCAAUCUUCUACUCAGGUACCAAUUAAUUUCUGUUUCUUUGAGUAUCAUGGACUGAAUUUUGUCCCCCACUCAUUCAUGUGUUGAAGACCUAACCUACAAUGUGUCUGUAUUUGACAUAGGGCCUUUAAGGAAGUAAUUAAUGUUAAAUAAGGUCAUAAGGGUGGAGUCCUAAUCCAACAAGAUUAACAUUCUUAGGAGGAAGAGACACCAGCGUCUGCAAGCACAGAAGGCCAUGUGAGGAGCCAGAAAACCACGGCUGUCUGCCUGGCAUCAUGCCAAGGUAGGCGGAUCGCUUGAGGUUAAGCUCUAGGGACAUAGCAGUGAAGAGGGUAGAAGAGGCCUCCAUCUCACUGGAACAUUUUCUAGUAGAGGAGACUGUACUCAGAAGGCAAAUAAAUAGAAGACCAGAUACGAAGAAAAGAUACCUUCCUACUGAGCAGCUGCCCAGCUCCUGCUCCGUUUUGCUUGGGGGUAGCAGCUCCGGCCACAGAAAGCAAGCCGGUAAGUCUCUCCAGGUAGGACUUGCUGCAACCAGCUGCUGGACUGAUUUGAAAUGGGACUUUGCAUACUCUCCAAAGUAUGGUGAGUUGGUGCUGACUUCAAAGGUGCCUGGUGAAGGAAGAGAAGGUGGAUCGCAGAGACUAAGGGGAGAGGGAGAAGCCCUGCUCCUCUUCUCCCCACCAAGGCACAAUGAGCAACAUCUGUCAGAGGCUCUGGGAGUAUCUAGAACCCUAUCUCCCCUGCUUGUCGACGGAAGCAGACAAGUCAACGGUGAUUGAAAAUCCAGGGGCCCAUUGCUCUCCCCAGUCACAGAGGCAUGGCCGCUACUUUGUGGCUUUGUUUGAUUACCAGGCUCGGACUGCUGAGGAUCUGAGCUUCCGGGCAGGUGACAAACUUCAAGUUCUGGACACUUCACAUGAGGGCUGGUGGUUUGCCAGACACUUGGAGAAAAGGCGAGAUGGCUCCAGUCAGCAACUACAGGGCUAUAUUCCUUCUAACUACGUGGCUGAGGACAGAAGCCUACAGGCAGAGCCGUGGUUCUUUGGAGCAAUCAGAAGAUCAGAUGCAGAGAAACAACUGUUAUAUUCAAAAAAUAAGACGGGUGCCUUUCUAAUCAGAGAAAGUGAAAGCCAAAAAGGAGAAUUCUCUCUUUCAGUUUUAGAUGGAGGAGUUGUAAAACACUACAGAAUUAGAAGACUGGAUGAAGGGGGCUUUUUUCUCACCCGGAGAAUAACCUUUUCAACACUGAACGAAUUUGUGAGCCACUACACCAAGACGAGUGACGGCCUGUGUGUCAAGCUGGGGAAACCAUGCUUAAAGAUCCAGGUCCCAGCUCCAUUUGAUUUGUCAUAUAAAACCGUGGACCAGUGGGAGAUAGACCGCAACUCCAUACAGCUUCUGAAGCGAUUGGGAUCUGGUCAGUUCGGCGAAGUAUGGGAAGGUCUGUGGAACAAUACCACACCAGUAGCAGUGAAAACAUUAAAACCAGGUUCAAUGGAUCCACGUGACUUCCUGAGGGAGGCACAGAUAAUGAAGAACCUAAGACAUCCAAAGCUUAUCCAGCUUUAUGCUGUUUGCACUUUAGAAGAUCCAAUUUAUAUUAUUACAGAGUUGAUGAGACAUGGAAGUCUGCAAGAAUAUCUCCAAAGUGAUGCUGGGUCAAAAAUCCAUCUGACUCAACAGGUAGACAUAGCGGCACAGGUUGCCUCUGGAAUGGCCUAUCUGGAGUCUCGGAACUACAUUCACAGAGAUCUGGCUGCUAGAAAUGUCCUUGUUGGUGAACAUAAUAUCUACAAAGUAGCAGAUUUUGGACUUGCCAGAGUUUUUAAGGUAGAUAAUGAAGACAUCUAUGAAUCUAAACACGAAAUAAAGCUGCCGGUGAAGUGGACUGCGCCCGAAGCCAUUCGUACUAAUAAAUUCAGCAUUAAGUCCGAUGUGUGGUCAUUUGGAAUCCUUCUUUAUGAAAUCAUUACUUAUGGCAAAAUGCCUUACAGUGGUAUGACAGGUGCCCAGGUAAUCCAGAUGUUGGCUCAAAACUAUAGACUUCCCCAACCAUCCAAUUGUCCACAGCAAUUUUACAAUAUCAUGUUGGAGUGCUGGAAUGCAGAGCCUAAGGAACGACCUACAUUUGAGACACUGCAUUGGAAACUUGAGGACUAUUUUGAAACAGACUCUUCAUAUUCAGAUGCAAAUAACUUCAUAAGAUGAACACUGGAGAAGAAUAUCAAAUAAUAAAGUAGCAAAACAAAUUCAAAUAGUUCCAAAGUACAAUGUUAUCAACCAACUCCACAAUCAGUUUAUCCUGACGUAUUCAAGUGAUAGGAUAAAGUUGGCCAUGUAUUAUAAAAAAGAUUAUUUGUGCAUUUUAUUGACUGGGCCACACUGAAAGACAAUCAAGGUGAUAUGUAAUUUCCUCACUGCCUGGUAAAAUUAAGCACACUAAACAAAGUUAUUUUUCUUUUUAAGAGAUACUUACAUUUCAAUUUAUUGUUUGAAAUGCCGAUCAAGAGAAUCAACAGAUGAUAGUCAGUUUUUACUCAGUGACUGUUGUAGCGUCUUCCUGUUUACUGAUUAGAGUGGUUAUUCAUUAUUCCUCAGAUUGCUGAAUCCCAUCAGGCUGUUAUUAUAAAGGAAUUUGAUUGCUUUGCUGCACAGCAGGACCUGUGCUUUGAGAUUUUUUUUUUCUCUUUUAAAAUAUCCUGUAACUACAAUGAUGGUAAAGCCAUGUUAAAUGACUUGAUUGUACUUGGAGUAAUUGCACACAUUUUUUUCUAUGCAUAAAAAAAUGAUGCAGCUGUUGAGAAAAUGAAUUAAAAUCUUUUUCAUUUUGCAGAAGGAAAUGAUGGAAUUUUUCUAUACCUCAGUAUGUGUCAACUGAGAGUCAUAUACAUUAGUUUUAAUGUCUUAAUAUUGAGAAUCAGGUUGCAAAACUGAUGAGUUAUUAUCUAUGGAAAUGUGAGAAAUAUCUAAUAGCCUGUAAAGGCUGAGAAAUAAGUAUCAAAAUAGUUUAGGAAAAUGAGAGGAGAACAGUAGGAUUGCUGUGGCCUAGACUUCUGAGUAAUUAAUAAAGAAAAAGAAAUACCCUUUGGCCUACA